AUGACAGUAGAGUGGGAAGACCAAUAUGUUGACUAUAAUCUAUUAUGUAGGAAGCUUAAUUCAAUACAAACUCUAAAAAACCAAUUAGGAGAUAUGCAACAUGAAGUUGAGGAUAUUGUCAUUGAAAUGAGUGAUGAGUCUAAUAGCGGUAAAGAAGAUAAUUCAACAGAACCACAAAGUCCAGGUGGACAAUUUUGUGAAGAGGGAGGAGAAGGAGAUUAUACAUUAUUAACAACUAAAAUUGCUACAGAAGAACAAAAUUUUUGGAAAGAAUUUGAUUUUAAUAUAGAAAAGAUUGAUGUUUUCUAUUGUGAUAGAUUAAAAGAGUCAUGUAGGUUUAUUAAUGAUUUUUAUGACCGUCUAAUGGCAUUUGGACUUGUUGAUCCAAAACAACAUAAAAAAGAAAAAUUCCAACCAAUUUAUAAACAAUUAGUAGCUCAUGAAAAAAAAGGAAUUAAAAAGGUAUUAAAAUAUAAUAAUGGGGAUUUAGAGAUUUCUAGAGAAAAUAAAAGAAAUCAAAGAAAAAGUUUAAAAAUUGCUGCUAGUAUGUUUCAAGAAACAGAAGAAGUUGGAGGUUCAUUAGAUGUAAUUGAUUUAGCAGCAUCAACACUAAAACAUUCAAGGUCUAGAAGAGGAACUAUUUCAAGAGAAGGAUCUAAUAGCUCAGAUUCAAAAAAGAAAGGAAGUUCUACUAUUAGUAGUGAAGAAGAUAGUACAGAUUCUACUGUAAAAACUAAUGAAGGAAGUGAAGAAGGAGAUAAAAGUGAUAAUAAUGAAGGUGUUUAUGAAGAAGAUUUUUUAGAUUUAGAAAAAGAACAUAGUGAAAUAUCAAGAAGAAAAAGAAAUAAAUUAAGAACAGCAGCAGAAGAAUAUUAUAGAGGAUUAUUAUUAAUGCAAAAUUUUUGUUCAUUAAAUAAUGAAGCAAUUAUUAAAAUAUUAAAAAAAAGUGAUAAAAUAACUGGAUAUGAAAGAAUGGAAACAAUUAAGGAUGAAAUUCUUGAAAGUACUAAGUUUUAUAAAAUGGUUGAACUUAAAAUUCUUAUAGAAGAAACUGAGAAAUUAUUUCAAGACGCUUUUCAUGAAACAAAUAGAUUAAAUCAAUUUAAAAUUAAUUCACAAGAUAUUAAUCCAAUGAGAUAUUGGAGAAUUGGAGUAUUAUUUGGUGGUACAAUUUAUGUUAUAAUAUUACUUAUUAUAAAAAUAAUUAGUUAUUAUACAAGUAUUAAACAAUCAGAUGAUCAAUUAUUAAAUACAUUAUCUAUUAAAAAACUUACAGAAAAAGAAAUUCUUUCAAUAAUUAAUAUGACAAGAGCAUUUUUAUUAUUUUCUUUAUUACAAAUUUAUUGGGGUAUUGACAUGUAUAUUUACCGUAGAGUAAGAAUUAAUUAUCCAUUUAUUUUUGAUAUGCAAAAAAGAAAAUACAAUUAUAUUCAUGCAAUAGAAUCAGGAAUUACACAAAUAUUAUUAACAACUACAUGUUUAUAUUGUAUGAUGAUUUGUUUAUCACCACCUUAUGGAUUUGAAUUUUUAAAUAAUAUUCCUUAUUGGAUUUUUCCAUUAAUUAAUGUAUUAAUAUUAACUAUCGUAUUUAUUAUAAAACAAAUUAGACAUUCUUGGGUUAUUAAAGUUAUCUUUAGAAUUAUCAGUGCUCCUUGGAAAAAAGUUUAUUUUAAAGACUUUUGGAUGGCUGAUCAAAUGACUUCUAUUUCACCAUUUUUUAGUGAUUAUAUCUUUUGUAUAACUUUCUUUAUUGUAGGGUGGAUUACUAAUAAUGAUUCAGACUCUGAAUUUGGUGGUGUAAAAAUGUUAGAUUAUACUAAAUUUAUUAACCCAAUUUUUGCAUGUAUUCCUCCAAUGUUUCGUUUUCUUCAAUGUUUUCGUUCAGCAAGAGAUUCUGGAAAUAUGUAUCAAUUAGCUAAUGCUGGAAAAUAUUUUGUUUCUAUUUGUAAUGGAAUUGGUGGAGGAAUACGUUCUUUAUAUAAAACAGUAACAGUACCAAUUUAUAUUUUUCUUAAUUUAUGUAAUUCAAUUUAUUCAGGUACUUGGGAUAUUUUAAUGGAUUGGGGGUUGAUGAGAAAAAAGUAUAAUUUCCUUAGAAAGAAAACUUUGUAUUAUAAAUGGAUUUAUCCUAUCGCAAUUGCUGUUGAUAUUACUCUUCGUUUUGGCUGGACUAUUAAUAUCAUUUUAUUAUAUGUUGCUUGGUUUGAUGAAAAUAAAAUUGUUCGAGAAUGUAUUGUUGUUAUUAUUAGUAUUAUUGAAGUAACUAGAAGAGGAAUUUGGAAUGUUUUUAGAGUUGAAUUUGAAAUGACUAAUAAUAUGGAUAAGUUUAGAGCUACAAAAGAAAUUCCAUUACCAGUGCCUGAUUAA